AUGAAAACGAUCGUGUGCUUAUUCGCACUGAUUGCCGUCAUUGCUGCGAGUACCAUUCCGAUGCCUGCAAUGACCCGAAGGGCGAGGAGAGCUGCUGAAAAUCCUCAGGGAAAUGCACCAACGCAAGUUGCGGAGGCCAACGCGGACGACAUGGACGGUGCGGAAACGAUUGGAUUUGGAUUUCACAAGCAUGUUCACGUAGUUCCAUCAUAUGGUGGAUAUUACGGAGGAGGUUAUCCCUAUUAUGGUGGAUAUGGCGGAUAUGGUGGAUAUGGUGGAUAUGGUGGAUAUGGCGGAUAUGGCGGAUAUGGCGGAUAUGGCGGAUAUGGCGGAUAUGGUGGAUAUGCUGGAUAUGUUGGAUAUACGUCCUACUGCUAA